AAUUCAGUCAGAAAGGAGCUCCCCAGACAGCAAGGCGACGCGCAACGGUACUCUGCUGGCAGUUAUGGCAAUAAAAAUAAAAAAAGUUGAAACAGGAAGAAAAAAGUGAAAAAUAAAUAAAUUUUUAAACUUCCACUUCCAAUUAUUUGUGCAGCAGCUUAUUGUUACUCGCCCAUAGAGGCAUUGAAUUGCGUUGGUGGUGCGCUGGAAGAGCGCCUAACGCGGUACCGUUAAUUUCGUGUGCGCCCCUGCGUAUGUAUCGGAAUGUGGCUGUGGAAAAAUGCAAAUUAUGCAUAGAAAUUCCCAGUGUAAUCAAGUGCAGAAGAAAAGUGCUCCGCCAAAGUGAAGGCCUGUAUGCGGUGGCCAGGGGGCAUGAGUGCAGUGAAGCAGAAUCAAAUAAAAUAAAGUCAAAUAUAUAUGCAUGUCAAAUUACUCGCUGUAAAGUGCAUUUAAUCCAUAAGUAAUUCAAUUAAAAGGAAAUUGCAUAAUUUUGUUGGUGAAAAUGUUGCAGCCACUUUAAGCCGCAGCGCCAAGAAACGAGCUGUCUCCGUGACGUCAAUUCAUCAACUAACUAACAGCCGCUCAACUCCUAACCCAUAGCCAAAAAAUAAUGUAUCGUUAUCAUUGUGAGUGCACAACGAAUCAUCGAUAGCAUGACCCGUGACGGAGAGAUACCCGCCAUUUUCAACCCGAAACGGGUGCGUACACCAUCCGUUGUCGUAACCGGUGACUCUCCGAAUGGUCCAUAUGGUGGGUUUAGUAAUGCACUCAACGCCAGCAAUCCACAAAUUGCUCACCAAGACUCUAUAUCAUCGAGUCAACAGGAUCCCAGUGAGGUUAUAACAAUACAUCCGGAUGCACGUGAUGCGUCGACGCCGAUUGGCACACAUCCAGGUUUGCGACGUGGACUCGGUGCUGGCGGCGGCAGUUUCGUAAGUAGUUGUGGUGUAAGUGGUAUUGUCGGUGUGGGGCCCGGUGGCGCUGGUGGUGGUACAAAUGAACCGGAUACACCAACUUUGGAGGCGGGACCAGAUGGCACCGAAGUGCGGUUUCGUCGUUUAAAAGCAUGCAAGGAGUCGUGUUGCUCCGAACUGGCGCGGAAGAUGUACUUUGGUGUUUGUGUCACCAUACUCGUCACCGCGUCGUGGGUCGGCGCAACGCAUUGCAUAAAAUUCCUCUACUUGAAUCGCAGCACCUAUGCCAGCAUUACCGCAGAUGAUUUCGAUAGUACAUCAAAUCGCGCCAUUGACCUGGAUUUGGUCACAAAUAUGGAUGAUGAUGAUCCGAGAAAUAUUUUGGGCAUAAGUGACAACGCUUUGAGCGUCGAUGAUGUGGAGGAUGUUACAAAAUUGUUCCAUGUCGCACAGCCAAUUUCGCCAGAGUCGACAGUAUUCCGUGCGCCGUUCUUCGCCGCUUGGUUUUUCACAAAUUUUUCAUUCUUCUUCUUUCCCAUCUACAUUCUGGGACGUGUGUCGUUGCGCAAAUGUGACAAACCAGGCGAGAUCUUGGGCGAUGUGUUGCGCGGUUUCCGCGAUCGAGGUUUUACUAUCGGUCGCUUCCUCAACCGUUGUCUCUCUUUCUGCAUCCUUUGGCUGGUGACCACCUAUCUGUACACCAUGUCCCUGCGCGUACUCUUCGCCACCGAUGCCAUGGCGCUGUUUGCGACUAAUGUCGCUUGUGUUUACUUGCUGUCAUGGGUCAUUCUACACGAACAGUUUGUGGGCGUGCGGAUUGUUGCGGUUAUUCUGUGCGACACGGGCAUUGCGCUGCUGGCCUACAUGGACGGCAUUACCGAGAGUCGCACGCUGAGCGGUGUUGUGUUGGCAACACUGGGCGCUGCCGGUUAUGCAGUAUUCAGGGUUAUGUUCCGCAAAGUGAUGGGCGAUCCGCCGAUUGGUCAAAUUGCUUUUGCUUUCACCACGCUCGGCUUUUUGAAUGCGUUGCUGUUGUGGCCCGUCUGUGUGGGCCUCUAUUUGACGGGCUAUGAGAGCAUGCCGCCGGAUCGUAUGCCAUGGAUUAUUUUAUUAAUCGCCAGUAUUUUAUUAUUGGUUUUCCACAUACUAAUGCAAUUCAGCGCAGCCGUCACUUAUAACAUGUUUGUCACGCUGGGUUUGAUAACAGCAGUGCCAGUUUCAGGAGCUCUGGACGUUGUACUGUACGGCGCCACAUUCGCCGGCAUGAAAUUGGCUGGUGUCAUUUUAAUCGCGGUUGGCUUUUUCCUAGUAAUGUUCCCCGAAAACUGGCCGGACUACAUAACGCGCUUGCUAAGAAAGAGUGGUCGUGCUAUACUGCGUUACCAAUGUUGUUGUGAAUUAGCUGAAAUUCAUUAUCCCCAUGCGAAAUAUCAUCUUGUUGGGUCACAACGCGAGAUGGGGUCGAGGUCCUCGCCACGGAUCGUUAGCCGGUCAGCAUCCCACCAUUAUCGAUUAUCGGACGGGAUACAUAAGGUCCCAUCUUCGGUCACCAUCUGGCCGUGUGAGAUGACUGAUAUGUCGCCGACUGGAUUCCUACUCAAUCAACAGCAAACACAACAACAACAAUAUCCAGCACACCAACAACAAUAUGCCGGCUACUCAACAUCAUCGGGCGCACACUCGAGCAGUCACAGCCACAGCAGCAGCUCAACGACACGUGCGCCACCGAUUGGCAGUGGUGGCGGCGGUGUUGGCGGUCGUCUAUUCCCCUACUUCGGUGGCGAGCACGAACGAGAGCGUAAAAAAUCCGAAACGUCAUUCUUCAAUUUGGGCUUUCGUCGCAAAUCGACUGUGGUCUACUACGCUUCCACUGAUUAAGGGGCUGUGCACAGCAUAAGCGUUGCUGUUCCGGCUCUACGACGGCGCCGUGACUUGUUGACACACAAUCAUAGAAAGUAAGGUUAGGUGGCGCUUGUGCAGUGUUGCUGAGCAAAUAAAAUGAAUUUAAAUUACGAAAAAGAGGUUUGAAUUUCAAAAACGAAAUACGAGUAUAAGAAUUUAUGCAAUUAACAGCAAAAAAAAAAAACAACAACAAAGAGAAAAACAAAAAAUUAAAAAUGCAUAUUAGUUAAUAAAUGUGUAUGUUGAAUAAUUAUUAAAAAUAAUGCAUUAUUUUAGUGUAAUCCAUGUAAUCAGUAAACACUUGGGAGCGCAUAGAAAAAUUUUGAGAUGAAUUAGUGCGGCGGUCUAAAUAUGAAUACUUAUAACGCAAUUAAUCACAAGACAUCGCCUUUAAGGUGAACGUACACACAUACAACAAUAAAAAUUGCACGUGCACACAUACACACAUACAUACGUACAUAGAUGCAUAUUUGUGGCCACAAGUCACGAGGUAAAACUGAAAAAAUAUAUUUUUAUGUAAAAUUUGCAAAAUUUUUAACUUAUUUCCCUAAAAUUUCAAAAUAAACAUUUAAAUUAGUUUUUGAAAAAAGAGUUUUUCACAAAAUUUCAAAAUAAAAAUUAAAAAAAAAAAUUUUUAAAUUUCUAAAUUAUUUUUCAAAAAAGAGAGCUUAGCUGUACAGCCUUGAGGCCACAGUUAUGCAUUAAAAAACUAAGAACAACAUUAAAAACAAAUAAACAAAAAGUCAAAAAUUGAUUCUGCUCAAUUGAAAAUCUCGUAGAGAAAAACAACAAUAAAUUAUAAUUACUAAACAAUUUUAAAACACUUGCAUAUACCAUUGUACUAAAUUUUAGCAGCUCUUGCUAAUGUUUCAAUUGUGACAAACGUAUUCAUUUAAACAAUUUUAAUGAAAAAUAUGGCUAUAAGAUAUUUAGUAAAACAAAAAAUAUAAUUAUAACACAGUUGUUAUUUCUAUGCGUUGAAAAAAUAUAAAAAAACUGAAAUUUUUACUGAGAACUAACUGAAACCCAUUAUUAAACCUAACUCCCAAAGAGAGCGCAUAUAAUGACGAGAAAUAUAAAGUGAGGCACGAAAAUUUAAAAAAAACUAUUCGCAACAGCGAUCACCUAACGAUAGUCGAUAUUAAACCUUAAAAUAUAUGUUUUUACGCAAAAAUACUGAUAAAGGGUGUCCCAAAAUUAACGCAAGAUUGGAAAUAAAUAAAUAUAUAAUGAUACAACUCCCACGACCGUACGAAAUGAGCUCAAAUCUAAUAGGAUCCGACUUUAUUAGAAACAAUAAUCAAAUUUCUGAUGACACACCUAGGCAUUUAGAAGGCCCAUUCCGUUACAAUCGGAACUAAUAUUCUCUGUCUAUUGGCUCUUCGCUGAAUCACUCUGUGCUGCUGAUGAAGUUCAUCAGUACGAAAGUACUCUGCUGGCAUAACUGCCAAUUAGAUGAUGGCCUAUAAGCAUUCCUACUGGAGUUUUCAUAUCAUUCCUUUAGAAUUUUAAUAGACGGCAUGUGUAGCCCCUGUUCCAUUCAUGCCGUGUUCUGACUAUUUAAUCGGCUUCUCAGCUAGCAAUAAUAUCACUAUGCCCUUAAAUCCAUUGCGGGCUUAUCGUGAAAUAGAAUGUUCGAUCCCUAGAGAUCAAAGGCCUUCAACUAAAUCCGUAUGUAAUUUUCAAGCAAUUUUUUUUUAUUAUUUUUCAACUAUUUUGGAGGGCCUGGAAAAAAGGCGAGAUAUUUCUUUCAAUUGUACAUAAUUAUCGAUUCUACGCAAAGUUCUGUAAGAGGUUAUAUACAGUUAGAAAGCCGAAAAGUACCGAUUUUCCAAAAUUAUUUCUGAGAAAAGACUUAGUAUUGUAAAAAUAUUUAUUUGGAAAGGCAUUACAGCUGAUCUCCAGAAGCUCAUCUCAAAAAAGACGUUUUGCGUUGACCACUAUAUCUCUGAACUGGGUUCACUUAAAUUAAAAAAACCAAAGAGAUUUCGUUAAAGUAAUGUUAAAUCUAGUAAUUAUUCGAAGGAAUAAACGAAAUAAAUUUUUUUUACAAAAUGGCGUUUUCUCAAAAAAUAAAAUCGACUUUUUACCAAAAUUUCGGCCUUAAAGUGUUUAUAAAAAAAUAUUUAUCGGUGAGAAAAAAUCUUCUAUUAAAUACUAAAAAAUAUACUUAAGAAACUUAAGACAAAUCGGUUUAGCCAUUUUCGAGUAGUCUUGGUCACCGACUUUGAAAACACCAUUUUGAGAAAAGCGCGUUUAAAGUUUGGAAUGCACUUCCUAAUACUCUGAGACGCCUUUUCAAAUUUGCAUGUAACUGCGAUAAAAUUCACGAUAUGAAGUUUUCAGUGUGUUUUCUGAACAUUUCAUUAAGAAAAUCAAAUUAAAAAAAUCGAUUUUUGAAAAUUCUAAUUGUAUAUAACCUCUUAAUUCCAUUGCGAUUCGUGGCACUUCAGCUCGAUUUCAGCUUUCAUCAAAUCGUUUUAAGCCUCUCACUUGUCUAAAAAAGUUCGAUUACUUGUCUCUACGAGCUUUCAGUUCGAUCUCUAUAAACAGGCAUACUAUAUGUAUAUAUCAAAAUCUGGUGCCCAAUUGUAACUCAAAUUAUUCAAAACGAUGUAGCAGACAGUUGUGGGAAUAGUAAAUAUUAUACAAAAAAUACGCCACUUUAGAACUGAUUUUAUUUAAUUGUACACCUACCCAAGCUGGUAUAGAGUUCAAAUUCGUAGAAGGUGAAAAAUCAUAGAAGGCAAAAUAUAAUUAGUCAAAUAUUAAAUGUUAUAAUAUAAUAUAUAACGGUCACUUUGAUAUGUAUUUUUUUUUUCAAAAACAAUUAUGAUUUUCCACGAAAAGUUGAUCACAAAUGUGUGUGACAAUACGAACUUGUUUGUUGUUAAAAUCGAUUAAUCGAUAUCGAUAUAAAUAUUGUUGUUAACUCUUGAAUAUUCGUUAAAUUAGUAAAGUUUAUUUUUUCCUAUGGGUUUAUAUAUAAUUAUGUAUGUAAGUGAUGAGGUGUAAUCGUAUAGUUCCAUGUUAAUUAACUGUACUUGUAUUGUCAACACGUAUUUAUAACUAAAGAGUACAUUUUAAAAAUAGCGAAGCAGUAAAUAUGUGAGAAAAUUGUUCAAUUACAAAAACAAAUACAUACUGUUAUAAGAAAUAUGUAAAAAAUAUAAAGUGAAUAACGUCGAAAAUAAAUAAUAACUAAAUGGAAA